AUGGGCAGCCACAGAUCAUACUCCCAUCAUUUCUGGGACCCCCUACGCAAACUAUUCCCAAAGCGUGGUUCUCCUCUUUCACGGACAACCACCACCUCCCGCUCUCAGUCGAGUUGGUGUGGCCUGGACUCCUCCGCCAUCGGCGAGCAUGCAGAUGGUUUCUAUAAGUACUCGCAAGAGGUACUCGAGCAAGAGCAGCGGGAACAAUUCAGGUUGCGGUCAUCGAAUAGUACGGCCGGGUCGUACGCGUCUGCACUCAUGGGCCCGUCUGACCGUCCUCCGCUUCCUUACACCGUGAGCUCGCCCGACUGGAACAUUUUUUCCACGUACGUCAAAUCGCUGGACGAAAUCGACGAUGGCAGUGCCUGCGAGUGGCUUGGGAGCGUUCUGUCUGUGUGGUCUAGAGUAUAUGCGGUCUCAAAGAUCGUAGUGAUGGCCUUUAUGCAUUAUGGCGUGGAGCUGGACGACACCCCGGACGGUAUCCUGGCUCAUAUAAAACACGCCGAGGAGCUGGUGGUCUGCAACUCGGUCGUAGACCUUGUCGACAACACCGAGAGCCUAUAUUAUGCUCUAUAUGCCCGACUCAUCAUGGAGAUCGCUGCUGCAGACCUAUGCGCCUCGUUCGCCUUGGAGUUUCGCCGUCCGGCCGCCAGCAGCGCCCUCAUCCUUCCUGAACCGAGGCAGCUGUGCAAGAUUCUGUUCUUGUGCAAACAGACUCUCGAUGCUUCCAGUAUAUGUUUCAAACUCAACAAGGAGCUCGUUAGGCAACACCAGCUCGAUUAUAUCCGCCGCACAUCGGACAAAAUCGAGGGUGUAGGUUUCGUCCUUGACGACCUCAUCGGCUACCGGCAACAUGCCAUCACAAUCGUCAACGACAAAUCAUCCGACUUUUGCCAAAAAUGGGGUGGAGCAUCCGUGCUGUACGAAAUGCCACCAGGAGAUGUCCUAGCUCUUCAGUCGGAGAGAUACUUGACACUCACACCUAAGUCGGCUGUCCAACAGGCAGUACCAAGCUUAAACCUCCCUUUCGUCGAUCCGCACAGCAUCCCUCCCAAUGUCCGAGAGCGUGAUGGGAUCAUGGAUAAUAGACAGGCCACUCUGGCAAAAUUAGAAGGCAAAUGCAUUGGAGAAGCACGUCGUGCAGAGGGUCGACGCCGCCUGCUCGACCUCGUCCGGGAGAAAAAGUGCAUAUGUCGGUCUGUUUGCAAUUGCGCCCAUGAAUGCACCGAAGACGUUGAGCGCCGUUGUCCCUGUUCUGAGAGGAUGCUGAGUCUCAUGGUCGCAAAACGACGAAACAGUAUUGGCCCACUUCCAUUCGGUCCCCGAUGUAGUGCUCUCGCGAAGGCGAUUUUCCAGGGGAUAGCAUCCUUAAGGAUUGACGCUGGAGAUUUAGAGCUUACCGGGGAGCUCGAUCGUGGAACUAUGAUCUUUGCAGAAGAGAUCCGGAAGCAGCGGUCUGCGGGCAUCACUCAAAACGGCUGUCUUCGUUGA